GGAGCCCAGGCUCCUGAGCUCCUGUCCCAGCCCCAGUCCGGGGAGCAGGCGGGCGAGCCCCGGGCAGAGGCGCGCGUUCAGCCCGCACUCUGCGCGGCUUCUGCUGUCUCCAUGGCGUCCUAUCAGCAAUCCCGCAUCCAGGCUUACCUGGAGAAGAACAAGAUCGGCCCCCUGUUUGAGGAAUUAAUGACCAAAUUAAUAACUGAGACACCUGACCAGCCAAUCCCAUUUCUCAUUGACCAUCUUCAGUCCAAACAAGGAAACCGAGGGCAGCUUCAGCGAACUCUAUCCGGAUCUGCAGCUCUCUGGGCAGAAAGUGAAACAUCAGAACAUAAAGGAACAAGGAGGGAUUUGAGAAGCUAUGAUAAGCCUUGGCAAUUAAAUGCAAAGAAGCCCAAAAAGUCAAAAAGUGACCUUGCUGUCUCUAAUAUUUCUCCACCAUCACCAGAAUCCAAAUCAUUGUCAAGGUCAGUAGAUCAUCCUAAGUGGAACUGGCGAACUAAACCAGAAAGCCGUGAUUUUGAUGAAUUGAACCACAUCCUUCAAGAGAGCAAGAAGCUGGGAAAAGCCCUUGAGAAGCUCUCUCGAAGUAUUGCAAUUUCAGAUGAACUCGAUAAGGAAACAGUGGCAUUUAAUUCUUCUCUUCUAAGACCCCGUGUAAUUGGAGAAUGGAUUGGUCGAGAAGAGAAUGAUGCUGACCCAUUAGCAGCCGAAAUGCUACAGCCCCCAAUUCCAAGAAGUAAAAAUGAACAAUGGGAAAGUGAAGAUAGCAGCUCUAGCCCCACAGGAAGCUUAAAGGUGGAACCCAAGACCAAGGGAUUAAAACAACAGCAACAGCAACAUAAGAAACUGCUGGCAGCAAUGCUCUCUCAAGAUUCUUUUGAGUCUAUUCACAGCCCUACCCCACCUGUAACAGAAGAAGAUAUUGAUAAUGAAGAUGAUGCAAUGGAAUUGCUGGAGGAUCUUGAUGAUUUAAGAAUGGAGGGAGUGACUUCUCUGGCACCUUCUGGGAGCAAAUUUAAUCAAGGUCGUGCUACUCACCCUGCUGAACUUCAGGCCAAGGUCACACUGAACAUCUGUUCAAGGUGUGCCAGACUUCAAGGAGACAACUUGGCAGAAAGAACAGAGGAGACGACACAAAUACUUCCUUCUCCAGAUGAAAUAAUCCUGGAUUCUUUGAAUUCUUUACCUGGGACUGAAGAAGCACUAAUGGAGGAGGGUGGAGAUUUUGAAAUAGCAUCUAAAUUAACAGGACCUGGAGAAGCCCCCAGUGGAGGACAGUCAUUGAAACACUACAUGGAAGAAGUGAGUUUUAAGGUGGCCUGUAACACAGUCUGA